CAUAUUAUUAUCUUUAAAUUACAGAUGCAAGUUGAUAGUGAAAAUUUCAUCGACAGUUCAAAUAAUCCUAAUUUAAUAGGAAAUAGAUAUGUAAAUCAUUUAUUAACCUAAGUCUAUGAGGAGUAGAAGAAGGAAGAUUUAUGAUGAUGGAGAUUUUAAGGAGGUAGUCAAGAAUUUUUAUGCCUUGAUCUCCGAGAUAAACAAAAGUACCUUAUUUAUACAAUUUAUUAUCUAAGUUGCGAAUAAGAAAAUUCAAAAGACAGCGCCUCUAAAAAAUAAAUAAUAAACUAAUAUUUAAAACAAAAAGCCACUGCAGAAAAAACCUCAAUCACAAGAUUUAAAGAAAACAGAUCUCUACAAUUUUAAAAAAGAGCCGAUAUAUUCUUAAGUUGCUUUUUAAGCAUAGCCCUAUUUUAAUCCUCAGUAGUAUUAAUAGUUUUCCCAUAAUUACAUGAACCAAUUUUAUAAUACUACCCCAGCAUAAUUAGUAUGAUCUAUACAUAAACAUAGCAAAUAAUUUCUAGAAAUCAACUUAACAAUCCACAAUUAAAAAGAAAUUCAUUUCACAUUGCAAUAUCAUAUUUCAUAUAUAUCCAAUCCAGUGGCUAAGAAAAGUAUGAAAGUAGAGAUCCUACUAUGAAUGCCAAAAGAAAAAUGAAAGAAACAAAUUCAGACGUUAUAAAGGUAUGACUUUCAAAGAUAUUUUGUUAUUUUUAGUAAUUAGAUAACUUUGUUAUGAAUGAAAGACAACCUCCAUUGUAAUAGAGAACCUACUAACAACAUAAUUAAGAGGAACAGAAGGAAGAUAAUGCAGAAUAGAACAAAUUGAAUUGA